UAAUAAGUUGGAGCAGACAAACACAGAAGUUAUAAGGAACAUGAAGAUUGUAGGCGGUAGGGCAGCUAACAAUCUGCAUUAUAACCAAUGAUUUGCAAGAAUCUUCUCCGCAAGAACAGGUCAAAUGCUCAUCUCUAUUCCAUUCAUUCCAUUUCUUUACCUACUCUGUUUCCUCUCAUUUCUUCUUCUUCUUCUUCUUCUUCUUCGAUUAGCUGAAUUUGGAGAGACGAAACCCCCUGGAAUCUUGGAGCUAGUUCAUUCUUUUGUCUACCAUUUGUGGAUGGUCUUUUGACUUGGUGGGAAUUUUAAGAGAAAUGGGUCUUGACAACAAUGAAGAUGGAAACGGUUCUCUUGAGAUUAAGAAAAUAGGUGGAGUUGAAGAAGAGAAGGGAGACGAAAGUGUUGGGUUGAGUAUAAAAAUGAGUGAGACUUCUAUUUGUGCAGCAGAGGAUGAUGAAGAUGAAGAAGGAAGGAAGAUUGAGUUGGGUCCUCAAUGUACAUUGAAAGCACAACUUGAGAAAGAUAAGGAUGAUGAAAGCUUGAGAAGGUGGAAGGAACAGCUUCUAGGAAGUGUGGAUAUUUCAGCUGUUGGAGAAACUUUAGAACCAGAAGUAAAGAUUCUGAGCUUAGCGAUUAGAACUCCAGGAAGGGCAGACAUUGUUCUACAAGUUCCUGAGAAAGGGAAUCCAAAAGGGCUAUGGUUUACAUUGAAAGAAGGUAGCCGUUACAACUUGAUCUUCACUUUCAAAGUCAGCAAUAACAUUGUUGCAGGUCUCAAAUAUGCCAACACAGUAUGGAAAACUGGUGUUAAAGUGGAUAGUUCAAAAGAAAUGCUGGGAACUUUUAGUCCUCAGGAAGAACCUUACACUCACGAAAUGCCUGAAGAUACAACCCCAUCUGGGAUCUUUGCUCGAGGAUCAUAUUCAGCAAGAACUAAGUUUGUUGAUGAUGAUGACAAGUGCUACCUGGAAUUCAACUACACAUUUGAUAUAAGGAAAGAUUGGCAAUCAUCUUAAAGAGAAGAAAAGAAAAAAAAAAAAACAUCAGGAAUCUCUGUUAAAUGAUUUGGAUUUGCAUUUGAUCAAAUAUAUGUCCUCUCUUUUGAAGCUCAUUCAUAAACUUGGUUUUGGAUGUCCAUGUACUCUUAUCUCUUUCUUUUAACUCUUGAUUCUUUCAUGUACUUGCAUGAGACUGAUUGCCUCAACUCAAAUAUGCAAAUGCAUGUUAUUGAUGAAAUUCAUUCGGAGCUGUGUUGUUCAUGAAAAAUGCUCAAUUAUAUCUUCUUUCAGAGGCAGUUAGGAAUGGAAAGGUUUGUAUAAUCAAA